AUGGAAUGUAACAAAGAUGAAGCUGUCCGGGCCAAAGAAAUUGCUGAGCAGAAAUUAACCGAGAAGGACAUUGCUGGAGCUCAAAAAUUUGCUUUGAAGGCUCAAAAGAUGUAUCCAGGCCUUGAUGGUCUUUCUCAGUUCCUGGAAGUGGUCAAUGUGUAUGUUGCUCAUGAGAAGAAAACUCGUGGUGAAGUGGAUUUUUACGGUGUCCUUUCUCUGGAGCCCUCAGCUGAUGAUGAAACAGUAAGGAAACAAUACAAAAAGCUUGCUCUAGCUCUUCACCCUGAUAAAAAUAAAUCUGUUGGGGCAGAUGGGGCGUUUAAGAUUGUAUCUGAAGCAUGGAGUGCGUUGUAUGAUAGAUCAAAAAGAAUGAUGUCUGACAAAAAACGUGCUACGAUGAAUGAUGUUGUCAAAAAACCCAUAACGACAUAUUCAAGAAAGAAGAAGAAGGCAGAAAAAAAGAACGCCCAGUUGUGUAUAUGUAUCAAUCUUCCAUUUCUCUCUAAGCUUGUAAACAAAGAAAAAAUCACCAUGGAAAACAACUCUGAGAAAUCCACAGUGAAUGCAGCUCAAUUCGCUGCGUACCCAACGCUAUCGCAACUUAACGUUGAGAAGAAUAAGCAAGAAUAUCUGAAGAUGUUCUGGACAUAUCAGCAGAGAGAAAUGGAGAACGUUAACGAUUUCAAGAACAACCUGCUACUUCAACCUACCCGCAUCAAGAAGAUCAUGAAAAUGGACAAGGAUGUCCGAAUGAUCGCUGCUGAAUCGCCUGUUUUGCUUGCUAAGGCAUGUGAGUUGUUCAUUCAAGAACUCACCCUUCGUUCCUGGCUUAACACUCAAGAAAACCAUCGACGUAUUCUGAAGAAGGAUGACGUCACUGAUGUGAUUAUGCAGACUGACAAUUUGGAUUUCCUUGUUGAUGAUGCUACUCAUGACGGCUCCACACCAAGUGUUGUGCCGUUCUAUGUUGAUGGAGGCAGCAAUGGACAGGAUGGUAAUAAUCUUGAUCAUUAA